CUGGAAUCUCUCCACUGAUUCUCGUAGCCCGGAAACACCGGUUAAUUUUAUCCACCGCAACAGUUACCAAUUUCAUUCAAUUCACUAGUUGUGAAGACACCAAUGACCGGAGACGGCGGUGGAUGGAGGGGAAUGUACAGUUUCGGCCGCCGCAUCCUGGCGGGGCGGUGGUUCAUGGUCUUCAGCUGCCUGCUGAUCCUGUCGGUCGCCGGCGGAACCUACAUAUUCGGGCUUUACUCCGACGAGAUCAAGUCAACCUUAGGGUACGACCAGACCACCUUAAACCUGGUUAGUUUCUUCAAGGAGUUAGGAGCCAACAUCGGGAUCAUUUCCGGCCUGAUUAACGAGGUAGCCCCACCAUCGAUCCUCCUGCUCCUCGGCGCUGUAAUGAAUUUCUCCGGCUACUUCGUCAUAUGGCUCGCCGUCACCGGCCGUAUAGCCAACCCUCAGGUCUGGUGGAUGUGUCUGUGCAUCUGUAUAGGUGCGAAUUCUCAGACUUUCGCCAAUACGGGUGCCCUAGUCAGCUGCGUUAAGAAUUUCCCCGAAUCUCGGGGCAUAGUGAUCGGCCUCAUGAAGGGCUAUGUUGGGCUCAGUGGGGCAAUCAUCACACAGGUAUACCAUGCUUUGUAUGGAAACGAUGCGAAAUCUUUGAUCUUUCUUAUUGCCUGGCUUCCGGCCAUCAUUUCGGCCAUUUUCCUCCCAACUGUUAGAGUCAUCAAUGGAAAUAAGAAUAGUAAUGAUAAUCUUAGACAGAGAAGUGAGCUUAAGUUCUUUUACAAUCUGUUGUUCAUGUCUUUCGGUUUGGCUGGGGUUCUUAUGGCUUUGAUUAUCAUCCAAAGCCGGGUCACAUUUACCAGGACGGACUAUGUGAUUAGUGUCUCUUUGAUUGCUCUUUGUCUGAUUUCUCCGAUAACCCUUGUCAUAAGAGAGGAGAGGAAGCUCGGGAAGAGCAAGAAGCAAUUGCUUGAUGAUCCUGCAACCAAAGAACCGGUUCAAGAUGCGGUAAAUAAUAGUAGUAGUAAUUGUUAUAGUAAUCAUGCAGAAAGGAAUAAUGAGGAAGUGAAGUGGUAUAAGAAUGUGUUUAGCCCGCCCGAAAGGGGAGAUGACUACACAAUUUUGCAAGCCGUUUUGAGUAUUGACAUGUUGAUUCUUUUCAUGGUCACCAUCACGGGAGCUGGAGGAACGUUGACGGCCAUAGACAACCUAGGACAGAUUGGGAAGUCAUUGGGUUAUCCGAACAAAAGCAUAACCACAUUUGUGUCGCUCGUCAGCAUUUGGGGUUACCUAGGACGAGUGGCGUCCGGUUUCGCUUCAGAGAUUUUCUUGGCGAACUACAAAUUCCCGCGGCCACUAAUGCUCACAUUAGUGCUCCUCCUUUCCUGCACUGGUCAUCUUCUGAUUGCUUUCGGGGUUCCCAACACCCUUUACAUCGCCUCGGUGCUGAUCGGGUUGUGCUUUGGAGCUCUGUGGCCGUUGAUAUUUUCUAUAAUAUCUGAACUGUUUGGGCUGAAGCACUACUCAACGUUGCUCAACUUUGGCGGUGCGGCUAGCCCAGUCGGGGCGUAUAUAUUCAACGUCAAAGUCGCAGGCGCUCUGUAUGACAAUGAGGGUAUGAAGCAGUUGGUUGCCAAGGGGCUGAUUAGAAAGCCCGGGGAGGAUCUGGUGUGCAAUGGUGUGGAGUGUUUCAGGCUAGCUUUUAUCAUUAUUGCAGCCUCUACAUUUGCGGGUUGCCUGGUUUCUUUGGUUUUGGUAGCCAGAACAAGAAAGUUCUACAAAAGUGACAUCUACAAAAAGUUCAGGGAGAAGGCAAUGGUAGCAUAGGACUUGCAAAAGUAUUGGGGCAGAAGAGGAGACUCAAUUUAGUGCCUGUUCACUUAUGUUAUAGGAGUUUAGGUUCAAUUAUACUUGAAUAUACACGGCUUGUAGAAAUGAUGCUUUUAUACGUAGUACUUGAUGUCUCUAGUUCUCCAGAUGCUUGUAGAUAUCCGUUUUCAUCAGUCCUGUCUGUAGUUUUGUUAGAAUGCAUAUUGUAAAAAGUAAAAGGGGUGAUGCUCAAAUUGGACACUAUAGUUUCAUGAGAAUCUCAUAUUGGACAUUAAGGUUUCAAAUGGACCAAAUUGGAUACUAUGGUUACAUAUGUAUCUCAUAUUGAACACCGAAGUUUCAUAAUUCAUAGUUUUUGAACACU